AUGGCCUCUGCAGACGUCAACUCUCCACUCCAGCUGAUGAGGAGCGUCAAAGAAGAGACAGAAGAGUUCAGUUUAGCUGACUCUCCAUCCCAGCUGAACAUAAAAGAAGAGAGAGUCGAGUUCCCUUGUUCUCCAGAACAGCUGAACGUAAAAGAAAAGAGGGAAGAGGUCUGCACUUCUCCAUCCCAGCUGAACAUAAAAGGAGAAGAGAGAGGAGAGUUCCCUGGUUCUCCAGAACAGCUGAACGUAAAUAAAGAGUCGGAGCAGUUCCCCGGUUCUCCAGAACAGCUGAGGAGCGUAUAUGAGGACAGCGACGAGAAUAGAUCUGGGCAUCAGCUCCACAGCGGUUCCAGUGGAGAGGAGUUUCGUGGAAAAACACAUUCUGCUGCCCUGACCACAGAGAGGCCGUACGUCUGCAGUCAGUGUAACAAGAGCUUUAAGAGAAUAGACAGGCUCCAAAUCCACCAGCGUGUUCACACAGGGGAGAAACCAUUUUCAUGCAGUGACUGCGGAAAAACCUUUUCACGGCUGUGUAUCCUUCGCAAACAUUGUCUUUGUCACACUGAAGAGAGGCCGUAUGCUUGCAGUCAGUGUAACAAGAGCUUUAAGAGAAAAGCAGAGCUCCAAAUCCACCUGCGCGUUCACACAGGGGAGAAACCUUUUUCAUGCACCGAAUGUGGAAAGAGUUUCUCAGAGUCUUCUACCCUCUACAAACAUCGUCGCGUUCACACUGGAGAGAGGCCGUACGUUUGCAGUCAGUGUGACAAGUGCUUUAAGAUAAAAAGAGACCUCCAAGACCACCAAUGGGUUCACACAGGGGAGAAACCAUUUUCAUGCAACGACUGCGGUAAAACCUUCUCAAACUCUUCUAACCUUUACGUACAUCGCCGCAUUCACACCGGAGAGAAGCCGUACGCUUGCAGUCAGUGUGACCAGAGCUUUAAGUCCAAACAGGAGCUCCAAUCCCACCAGAUUGUUCACACAGGGGAGAAACCAUUUUCAUGCACAACCUGUGGAAAGGGUUUCGUACAUCAUCAUAGCCUCACUGUACACCAUCGCAUUCACACUGGAGAGAGGCCGUACGCUUGUAGUCAGUGUGGAAAGAGUUUCUCACAGUCUUCUAGCCUCCUCACACAUCGCCUCAUUCACACUGCAGAGAGGCCGUACCCUUGCAGCCAGUGUAGCAAGAGCUUUAAGAGAAAACAGGAGCUCCAAAUCCACCAGCGUGUUCACACAGGGCAGAAACUAUUUUCAUGAACCGACCGUGGAAAAAGUUUCUUGUGCUCAUCUCACCUCCAAUCACAUCGUCGCAUUCACACUGGAGUCACUUGUAGUCAGUGUGACCAAAGCUUCCCACAGUCUGUCACCUGAAGACACACUUGUCAUCACACUUGAAUGAGGAAUUCAGUCACUGUCGUACUUACGUAAGAGAGGCCGUUU